AUGUUCCUCAAGAUGAAGCCACUUGAGGUGCUCCUUGAGGUGCUCCUCAAAAAAUUCUUCUCAAGGACUUUUUUAGGGUUUUUUCCUGUGUUUUCAGGUGACCCAGACCCCACCUUUCUCCACGCUGAUGCUCUCCAACGUUUGGUGGUCUUGUCCCACGGCCACGGCCAAGAAUGCGGCUUCGUCCCCGACGUCAAGGCCCCGCCCACGGGUGACGCCUCCCGCCUGGUGUGGGAGUGCGUGGCGGGUCACACCUUCUCCUGGGGUGUCCCCAACCCCCCAGGGGACUGUCCCCUCCCCUCAGGUCACCCCCGUGGAGAAGACCAAGGAAGGGAUCCCCACCGCGGUUCCUCACCCGGCGCCGGGCGCCGGCGGUCGCUGCGGCGAGCGCGUCCCCUCGGCGAGUCCAGGAAGGGGGAAACUGAGGCUGAGGGAGGAGUUUCGUCGCCUGGGGGUGAUGGGGAGCAAGGAGAAGGAGGAAGUUGUGGUGGUGAGAACACAACUCCAGCGGUGCCGGAGAUGGGAACGGCCCCGAAGGCCAACGGGAGCGCCCGCGACCCGGAGGAGAAACGGGAAGGAGGGGACGAAGCUCAAGGAGAGGAAGAGGAGGAGGAGGAGGAGGAGGAGGAGGAAGACUUGGCCUACAGCGACGAUCUGCGUGAUGAGAACUACCACCCAUCCCUGGACAGCGACUCCGAGCCCCAGCGCCGACAAACCCAACCCAAAGCUCAGAAGAAACCCAUCAAGGAGGAGCCACCAUCACACGAGCCAACCCUGAGCAGCUCCAGCCCACCAGAGGAGAAGCUUGGAGGAGUCAGCUGCAGGAGGAGACCACCCCUGCCUGAUGAAGACGUGGCCCAGAUUGGUCCCAAGAGGAUCAGGAAGGCGGCGAAGCGCGAGCUCCUCCUCUGCGACUUCGAAGGUUGUGGGAAGAUCUUCUCCAAUCGGCAGUACCUCAACCACCACAAGAAAUACCAACAUGUCCACCAGAAAACCUUCACCUGCUCCGAGCCCAGCUGUGGCAAAUCCUUCAACUUCAAGAAACACCUCAAGGAGCACCAGAAGCUCCACACUGACACCAGGGAUUACAUCUGCGAGUUCUGCGCCCGCUCCUUCCGCACCAGCAGCAACCUCAUCAUCCACCGACGGAUCCACACGGGGGAGAAGCCCCUCCAGUGUGAGAUCUGUGGCUUCACCUGCCGCCAGAAGGCCUCCCUCAACUGGCACAUGAAGAAACAUUCUGCUGACACCUUCUACCAGUUCUCCUGUGACAUCUGUGGUAAGAAGUUCGAGAAGAAGGACAACGUCACCGCUCACAAAAGCAAAAGUCACCCCCAAACCCCCCCGGGACCUCCUCAACUGGAAGGGGGACAACUGGAAAUGGUCCCAUCGCCCAACUUGGGGUUGGGCUUGGAGCAGCCGGAGGUGGUGGAACCUUUGGACGUAGCAGGACUUGGGGAAGAGGCUUUGGGGAGUGAGGAGGAGGAAGAGGAGAAGACCUCCCCAGCCCUGGGGACCUCCAGGGAGGGUCCUGAGGGGUCCCAGGGAGAUGGGGGGCAGGGGAUGGACGGCGUUGAGUCGUAG